AUGCUAAAAUCUAUUGCUGCGUUUCACGUACUCAGAGCUACCAGCCCUCUGUCUGCGCCACAGGCAGCAACAGCUACAGCAGGUGCAGCAGCAGCAGCAGCAGCAGCAGCAAACCAGCAGCGCCUCAGCAAAUGGGCUGCUAACAGACGGAGCACCUACAGCAGCAGCAGCAGCAGCAGCAGCAGCGCAUCAAGCCUCUCCGGCAACAGCAGUGCUGAUUUUUCCAGCCGUGCUGCUCCCAGCAGCGACAGCAGCACCAGCGACAACAGCAGCAGCAGCAGCAGCAGCAGCAGACGCUUGGUGGUGAUAGACUGGAGCGACAGAGUGGUCCCUUAUGAAAUAGUCUGGGCGGCGCAGCACGCGUUGCUGCAGCUGCAGCUGCUGCAGCUCGAUGCAAAGCCCCAGGGCUCGAUGCAAACCCCCAGCCUCAGCAGCAGCAGCAGCAGCAGCAGCAGCAGCAGCAGCUGGAGUUGCUGCCUGGCUUAG